CAAUAAUAAUAAAUUCAAUAUUAUUAAAUGAAAAAGUACUAUCCCAUUUCCUGUGCAGUGCAUAAAAUUAAAUUCUGUGCCGUGUAAAACGGUGAAUUCUGUAUAUUUUCAUGAAAUAAAAAACGGAAUAUGUCCUGCAUGUAUCGUAACGAACGUUUCCAGGUACUCCCGUGCAGUUAUUUACAAUACCAUCGGUUGUGUAGCAACGCCGAAUAGAUUUACUCGAACGCCGUGUUCGCGCUACCUAUCGACGACAAUGUUUUUUCACGGACAUUAAAUCUACAUGGCUCAAUAAACAAAGUGAUCAAAAUAUUUUAUUACUAUUGUACUCUUUUUCUGGAGGCCAUGGAUAGAUAUAAAUAUUUACGUAAAGCAAAAGAACCUCGCAAAAUUAUAAAAGUAAAGUCCUCGAAGUAUGAAGGUUCGGAAAUGAUUCAUAAUAACAAAAAAUAUUGGAAAAGUAUUUUCAACGAAUUGUCCGCUCCUUCAAAAGGGCCUUUGGAGGAAAAAGAAAUCAGCCUUUUGUCGGAAGUUCUGCCAAAUGACCUUUGCGAUAAAGUUUGUAAUAUAUUGCACAUCGGCGUUAUAUCAAAGGAACUCAAGGGAACAGAUAACGUUGCAGUGAGAAAACCACGUAGAUUAGUCAAAGAACCGUUAUUGUCAUAUAGGAAAACUCUGAGCAUAAAUCGAGAAAUGGACUCGGAUACCGACGUUGAAUUUAUCUCAAGUGAUGAAGAAGAAAGUAGAACUAACAUACACAAAGAGUUUUUGAUGAAACCAGAACGAGAGCAAAUAACGUGGAACACCCAUUACCUUGAACCAGAAAGAGAGGACGAGAAGACUUUAGUCAAGCGAGCUAAUGACCUUACUGAUCGAAUUGCUCACAAUUUCUGCGAUUAUAUGAAACAAUUGGGUGGAGAUCAACAAUCGCAACUUUUCACUCCUAAAGCUAUUAAAGAAUUAUUCCAGAUUGAAUUUGAUACCCAUGUCGCUCGAAGUCUUAAAGUUGUGCCAAAGGAAAUGCCUACUGUACAAGAACGUAUCGCCAUUGUCACUGGAAAUCCGGAGAAGUCAGAGUUUGCAGCACUAGGGCGAGAAAUAACAAAAGACAUGAGGGCGGAGUGUCGUGUCGACAACUUUUGUGCAUUUAAUAGAAGCCUACCUAGACGAGAACAGUGGCGUACACCACGCAGUGAUACCAAGAAUAUGUGGCGAUCAGCUCGUCACGUUCCACGGGACCUCGUCACUUUGAAAACUGUUUGGGACGGCAUCACUAACCUGAGAAGCGUCAAAGAAUACUGUCGAUGGAUGAUGGAACACCCGGAGUACCGACGAGCUCCAUACCUGCGGAGUCUGGGAAUGUUUGAUUCUGCAGUGUUAGACGCAAAGUUGACCUUCGAGCUACAGCAACAGAAUAUGUCCCCGCCACUGCUGUCGCCCACAGAAAUCCCUGCUCCCAUCGACCACAUUCGUAGACGGCUCUCUGAACUAGCCGACACCCCAAACACAUCUUGAGUGACCAAAUUCACGUUUAAAUUAUUUUUAUCUUUUAAAUAAAUUGUACUA